UUCUUUUGUAGUAAACUAUUUUGAAAAUAGUUUCUUAAAUUCGUGACUAAGAACUUUGGAAAUUAUUUUUAUUCAAUAAGUUGAGCAAGUGAAGCAUCCCAAAUGGAAUAGCGAAAUCCCAUUCCAAGCCAAACUAACCAAAGAAACAAACACCUCCAAAAGUACCGAAAUUUAGGUAUGAAUGAAACAUAUAGCCGUUUACCCAUUGUGCUUCUUCUGUCAUCCUCCGUUUCAACUCUUCUUUGCUUCUCUCUCUCACACUCGUCUUCUCGCUUCAACUUCCAUUUCUUCUCAUUUCUUUUUUUUUUUUUAAAUUGGGACUGUAAAAUUCAAUGGAAAAUCUGAAUAUGGCGUUAGUUUCUUCAUCUUCUUCUAUUUCAAAGUUAUUUCUCUUCGGAUGCAGUAAUCCUAAGUACACUCUCAAAAACCCUACCAAAACCUUCACUUUUCGAACUUCCAAGAUUACCCCCCGUCAUUCCAGAAUCUCCAACGCUACCCACGCUACUCCUCCCCGACGUCUUCCCCAAAUUGUUUUGAGAAAGGUUGGAGAUGAGAGGUUUGCUAGCGUUUCUUCUUCAAGUAAUCAACGAACUUCUUCAGUUGGAGUUAACCCUAAUCCAACUGUGCAACCGCCGUCCUCUCAAAUAGGGUCACCACUCUUCUGGAUUGGAGUAGGUGUUGGGCUCUCAGCACUUUUUACAUGGGUGGCUUCUAGCUUAAAGAAAUAUGCAAUGCAACAAGCUUUCAAAACCAUGAUGGGUCAGACAAAUACACAAAAUAACCAGUUUGGCAAUGCUGCUUUUCCUUCGGGAUCCCCAUUUCCAUUUCCAGUGCCUCCAUCACCACGACCUGCCACAUCCCCUUCUCCAUCUUCUUCUCAACCUGCAGUUACAGUUGAUGUACCUGCAACAAAAGUUGAAGAAGCCCCGGUGACUGAUCCAGUGACGGAAGGAAAAAGUGAAACAGAAAUAGCAGAACCAAAGAAAUAUGCUUUUGUGGAUGUUUCUUCAGAAGAAAGUGUGCAGAAGAGUGCUUUUGAAGAUGUGGCUGAGCUAAGUUCAUCAGAUAAAGCUCAGUUUCCUAAGGAUGUUUCUGAUAAUGGAGCUGCAUCCAAGCAGGAUGCUGGUGCUUUUGGGGAUUAUCAGUCAACCGGAAGAGCAGGACCUGCCUUAUCUGUGGAUGCUUUAGAGAAAAUGAUGGAAGAUCCAACAGUGCAGAAGAUGGUUUAUCCAUAUUUGCCUGAGGAAAUGAGGAACCCUGAGACAUUUAAAUGGAUGCUACAAAAUCCUCAAUACCGGCAACAACUGCAAGACAUGCUAAAUAAUAUGGGUGGAAGUGCUGAAUGGGACAAUAGGAUGAUGGAUUCCUUGAAAAACUUUGAUCUUAACAGUCUUGAGGUAAAACAGCAAUUUGAUCAGAUUGGGCUUACACCUGAAGAAGUAAUAUCCAAAAUAAUGGCCAACCCUGAAGUUGCUAUGGCGUUCCAAAACCCUAGAGUUCAGGCAGCUAUCAUGGAUUGUUCACAGAACCCACUGAGUAUUGCAAAAUAUCAAAAUGACAAGGAGGUUAUGGAUGUAUUCAACAAAAUAUCAGAACUCUUCCCUGGAGUGACGGGGUCACCUUGAUUUUGGUAGUUCAUUGAAGUUACUGCUUUUGGAGAAUGAUGUGCUCAUUUUAUUUCAGAUAGAUGGUUGAGGCAAUGGGAUCUGGAGUAUAUGAAACCAAGACUCAGUAUAGAUCCCACAUCACUUGUUUCAGAGUUUUUAGUUUGAGAAUGAGCUUUACGGUUGGACUAUAGGUUUCAUUAGCUGUAGCUGUAGUUGAAGUUGAAUGCUACUUUCACAACUGGGCUUAUACAGAAAGUAACUGUAAAUCGUGUCCUUUAUUAAAAAAAAAAAAAUGGUGGUGUUCUCUUCUUUCUCUCUCGUAUCGUCGACUCGACAUGAUGGCACAUUGAGAUAAAUCAGCUUGAUUGAAUAACUUGUUGGAAAGAGUAUUUAACUGUUGGCCCUUAUUCACAAGUAAUCUUGGAAGACCAAAAAAGCUUUGUAAUUUAUUUCAUCAACUCUGGAAAUAAGGUUCUGGGAGGGGAUUAUAUGUAAUUUAUUUCAUCAGUUCCAGGCUGGCUAGGACAGGGAAUGACUAACAAUAUACCCAAGAAUCUUGCAGCCUCGCCAUUCAAAUGAAAUAGUUGAAAACUAACUCAAAGCUAUCAUCAAUGGAAAAUCAUCUUUAUCUGUUUUAUCCUUCACGGCUUUCCCCUCUCGGUGAGCAUGAUUCGCUGGAAUUUUGUUUUAAUGGCAGAAGAAUGACCAAUGUGACACAUCUGGGUUAUAGUUUUGAUAAAAUAUCAUUGAGAGCCAAAACAAUAUUCUCGUACCACUCCCAAACACUGGAUGCAUCUUCAUCCCUGGCCGCAUAAUCUAGCUGUAAUGUUCAAAAACCAAAACAAUUCUCAACAGAAAAGAUAAUGAAAACCAACCAAAAACUACAAAGCAAAACAAAAGAAAAAUAUAGUUCGAAUGGGAAAACAUUGUUGAAAAGAUUAGAAUAAAGCUUCCUAAGUUGAGGCCUUUUCACUUCUAGGUUUUCCUUGAAUGAUAGUAUAAAUAUCCUGCUUCAACAAUGAAGAACUUUUCCUUAACUCCCUCUGGGCUUCACCCCAGGACUUUGAUUCUGUCAAAUCUUUCACUUGCAGCAAAGCUUUUGCAUGAUUUUGAACCCCAUUUUCUGCUUCUUCAACUAUCUGCUCUGGUGCUACCAUUGUUAGGUCAACUCCACAUGCAAUCAUAUUCUUUUCCUUUAUCAAUAGUAAAUAAGCCAUUGUUGCUAUGACUCCUACUCUUCUAUUGAUGUUUGAGUGGACAAGCUUCUUUAGAGGCAUUUCCUUGAAGUACUGAAUCCUGGGUUUUCCAUGGCAGGUGGUGAUUAAGGUUUGUGAAGCGUAUGGUGGGUUAUACUUUGAGACCAGAAUUGGUCUUAAUGCCAUCAUUCCUUUGAACUAUACCUGGAAAAAAAAAAAAAAAACCAAUUUGAAUUACAGAUUA